AUGAUGAUGAACAAAUACCAUCAACAUUCAGCUGACACCAGCUCUUCCUCAUCCUCUGGAUUCAUGCGACCGGGAGAUGUACCACAUCCAAGGAGACCAUUGUGUCACAGUAAUCCUGGAAGUGGAGAAGAACGCUCGCGGACAGGUGAGUUGAUCGUUUUUGAUCGCCCUCCAACGUACUCUGCGGAGACAAAGCAUAGUCCAUUGCAAGUGGAACACCGACCAGAAACAUUUUUAACCAUCGCAAGUCCUGUCAGUCCUGUUGAGACGUUGGGAAAACAAACAAACAAACCAAUGGAUUAUUUGUCUGAUGGAAAUAAACCUCAUGAAAAAAGUUGGUCAGGUGAAACCGACCGAUUAAGUACUACCUGCUCGUUGGAACCGAGAAGUCCGUCCUCCACAACAACGUUUUACAUCCGACCCGGAGGAGAUCAGUAUCAGCAUAAUGCUAGUAAAUCCGAAGAUGAGAUGACCUACAACUCUAUCUUAAUGGACAGAUCUGGGCAGGUAUCUAUUUCAACUGCUCAAAAACGUUAUAGGAGUAAGAAUCGAGAAUUUAUAACUGACAUGCAAAAUAUUCAGGCACCAAACAAGUCGGCUUGUCGAAGCAGAACACGCUUCAAACACCAAAACUCUUCGCCUAUGAUAUCCCGAAGUCGAACUCCACAUGAACGACGCACAAGUCCAUAUGUCAGUUCGGACACUAGCUUCCUUUCCACUUUGGCUGCCAGCAGACCAAAUGCAGCAACUGGAUUGCUUGGAGUUGCCAGUGCCGCAUUGGCUGCUGCUCGGGCCGGAACGUUAACAAUGGGACCAAAUGCAAUUGACGAAGGACCAAGAAUGCCUUACGGGGGUGGUUCGACGAUGAUGGAAAAACGUUACUCCUCAGCGCAACAUCCAACACACACGGCUACUUUCAUACCCUGCCAUUGUCAACAUCAGGUUUGUACUUAUCAAGAACCUCAUUUUUUCCAACCUCGAUCCCACGAAGGUGUUUUCGCAAAAAGACCGUCUCGUCGCAAUUCCGAUUCCGUUUUAAAUGUGGCUAAUCAGGGAUCUUCGUCUGCUGUGCAUGUGAUAAUGUGUUCACAUUGUAAACCCCAACAAGUGGAUAUACCAAAAGUGAUUCAAACUGGACAGUGUUUGCAUUGUCCUCAAGGCAACUGCACAUGUAGUUACUAUGAUCCUUUUAAAUCGGUAGACAGGAAAACAUCGUUUAGCGGUUUGGAUCCCGGGAGACCCUACCUACACUCAAGCUGGGUCGCUCUAAGUGCAAAUGAGUGCCCGGAAUUUUCGCAGCUACAGCCUGAUACCAAUCGAGCCACAUCAACUGCUGUGUUAACCGCCCUGUCUACCGAAUUUGAUCCAGACGCAUCAGGGUACAAUGAUCCGGAUUUCUAUGGUUCGGGAAACUUUCAGGCAUACGUUGGACCGAGUAAUCUGAAUUAUCCGCCCCAAACCUUCAACCAAAAAUCAUUGGCUGAACGCGGUAGGAGCAUAUCACGUGAUCGGCGUAAUCAAUCGCAAAACACGUAUUAUAGCGGAGGCUAUAAUCGGAUAAAACCGCGAGGUUUAGAUGCCAUUGGAUUGGAUUUUAUGCGAAUCAACGGGGCCAGACCUGGUAAGAAAACGGUUUCAUGUGCUGAAACCUGA